GAGAACAAUACAGAUACAUAUAUGACAGGAAGAGAAAAUACCCAUAGCAGAAGAAUAGAGAACGAAUAUGUAUAUGACUAUUAUACAAUUGUCUCUUAUGGCACGUCUUUAAUAUGUGCCAUAACAUACAGUAUCUCCGCUUUCAAUAAUCUCAGUAUCAGCAUCCGCUCAGCAUGAGUACUUCGCUUCUUGAAUUCUUGGAACAUGGGGGAAGCGGUCACUAGUUUAUGAAGUUUUGGCCCAAAAACAGUUUGUCCAAAAGCAUUAUACCGAAACAUGAUUUUAUCGAAAAGGCCCAGCUAUAGCUUACGCGAACAGAAGACGAGAAAUUACAAAGAAUGACUAAAAAAUUACUAUCCUUGUACAAGUCUCUCUCUAGUAUCGAACCGCCUGACUUAAUCUGUCCUUAAAUGUUGAGAGAUAGAAAAUAGCCUUUGUUUCUGUAAAUAUUUUAAAUAUGUGUUUUAUUUCGCUUGAGGUAGUUCUAUUUUCGUACGUACAAGUACACCCUGAUUCUAUUCCUUGAGAGACAGAGAGAGAUAAAAUCGAUAGCUAAAUCUCGAAAGAGGAUAAAACAAAAAAGGAAAAAGAAAAGAAAAGUAGACCACCAGCAAUAUAGAAAUAAGGCGAAGCAGUCACACUACAAUCUAAAAUACACACGUUAUAUAUAACAAUUUUAACUACAGUUUUAUUUUUAUAUAUUUUAUAUACAUAUUUUAUUAAGUUCACUAAAGUACAUCUGAAUUUAAAAGAGGUCGAAACGUUUGAUUGUCUUAAAUAUAUCUUUUAAAUAUUUUUAAACUGUUUUAAUAAAAUACGAAAUUACAGUAUCUCCCCUUUCAAUAAUCUCUUUUUCAUCAUCCACUCAACAUUAGUACUUCGCUUCUCGAAUUCUCGGAAACAUCGAGGGGAGAGCGGUCACUAGAUUAUGAACUUUUCGCAUAAAAACAGUUUGUCCAAAAGCAUUUUGCCGAAGAAGCAUUUUACCGAAACAUGAUUUUAUCGAAAAGGCCCACCUAUGGCUUACGCGAACAGAAGACGAGAGAUCACAAAGAAUGACUAAAAAAUUACUAUCCUUGUACAAGUCUCUCUCUAAUAUCAAAUCGCCUGACUUAAUCUGUCCUUAAAUGUUGAGAGAUAUAAAAUAGCCUUUGUUUCCGUAAUGCUGGACAGUAAUAAAUGGCGAUGCCAUUUAUGCUAGAGGUUAAUAAAUGGCAGAGCCAUUUAUGCUAGGAAACAAGCCAUUUAUGCUAGAAAUUAGCCAUUUAUGCUAGACAACCCUCCCGAAUACACAAAUUAUGAAAUAGAAAGAGCCGUUUAUGCUGGAGAGUAAUAAAUGGCUAUGCCGUUUAUGCUAAAGGUUAAUAAACGGCAGAGCCAUUUAUGCCAGAAAUUAGCCAUUUAUGCUAGAAAACCCUCCCGAAUAGACAAAUUAUGAAAUACAAAGAGCCGUUUAUGCUGUAGAGUAAUAAAUUACUGUGCUAUUUAUGCUAGAGGUUAAUAAAUGGCACAGCCAUUUUUGGUAGGAAAAUCGCCAUUUGUGCUGAAGAGUCUCUCCUACAAUACAUUUUUUCUUUCCAUGAUAGGGAGCCAUUUAUUCUAGAAAUACUGUGGGUAAGCCAUUUAUUCUAGAAACGGCGCAAUUUAUUUAUCUAGUAAUAAAUUGUAACUGCUGGGUAAACGUGAUACUAUUGUUGUUAAAAAUGAUGAUAAUACUAAAAUAACAUAUCAGAAAAGAAUACUUUUGAAUAAUUUACGUGAAAGUUUUGAAUUAUUUAUAGAAGAAAAUAAAGGAAUAAUUAUUUCUCGUUCAUCGUUUGCUGAUUUAAGACCUCCAUUUGUAGUUCCAAAAGCAGCGCUAGCUCAUAGAAUAUGUGUGUGUAUCUAUCAUGAAAAUGCUAAUCUAAUACUGAAAGCAAUUGAUAAAUUUGUUAAAGGAAAUGUUUGUUCAUCUUUACAACAAUUUACUUGGGCUUUAGUUUGUAAUACUGUCAAUCAAGAAUGUAUGUUUCUUGCAUGUCCAUUAUGUGAAAGUAAUUUUCAAGAGAAAGUUAUUGAUAAUGUUGUAAGUGGAGCAACUAGAAUUAAAUGGUGGCAAUGGGUCAAUAUAAACGGACGUGCAGAAAAAAAGGAAUUUGAAGGAUCAGUUGAUAAAGGUGUUGAAUUGUUGAAAUCCAAAGUUAAAUAUUUUCUAUUUCAUGUCUAUAUUAAGCGUGAACAAAGUAAAUAUUUCGAACAGUUAAAGUCAGAAGUAACAGAUGAAAAAGUUGUUAUACAAGUUGAUUUCGCUGAAAAUUUUGGAUUGAAAGAGCAAGACGAAAUUCAAAGUGCUCAUUGGAAUACAAACACUCUAUCUAUAUUUACAGCUUAUGUAUGGUCUAAAAGUCAAGGUUUUCCAUUCACGCUUCCAUCGAAUGACGUCUCUCACGAUAAAUUUGUUGUAAACUCAGCUAUUGAAAUUAUUUUAAAUAAACUUAAAACACAUGUACGGAAUUUAAUACAAAUUGAUUUCUUUUCUGAUGGCGCAGUCACACAAUUUGAGCAACGUUUUAUGUUUCGUAAUUUAAUUCAGAUUGCUCAUGAAUAUAAAAUAGCUUUAAGUUGGAAUUUCUUUGCUACAAGUCAUGAAAAAGGCGUUGUUGAUGGUCUUGGUGGGACUGUUAAGAGGUUCGUUUGGUCAGCAGCAUUGGCAGGUGAUAAUUUUAAAUCAGCGAAAGAUUUUGUUAGUUACCGCAACAGAAAACAAAGAAGAUAA